UUGAUAUGCUUUUAUUCUCAGAAUCAAAUCACUUUUUGAUAAGAACAAAGCACUUGAGUUUCAUGGAACACAGAAUGCUGAUCUCUUUCCUUUUGCUUUUAAAGCAGUGAUAGUGUAAGAGGCAAAUUAGGGUCGGUUCUAUUUUGCAUUUUCCUUUCUCUGUUCACUAUACUUUGAUGCCAUAAUCUUUGCUGUAUCCUGUUUGAACAUGGUGAUAGGAACAACAGCUGAGAAUCAAAUCUGUUCUCCAUUUCAUCUCUUCAGACCUUGUUUACUUUGUGUUUCAAUCCUUGUUCCCUCAAUCGUUUUGUCUAGUUUCCUUGGUCUGGAAUUCUCUGUCAUCAUUUUCACAACUGGAAUCUUGAUUUUAUCAACGAGUUUCAUUGUCAAAUUCUCCAAGAGAACAAAGGUGGUUUCAAUAGAGGAAUCGGAUACUGCCCAAGGAGCAGCUGAUGAUGGCACUGUGAAUGAGUGCAAAGCUGAUGGGUCACUAGAUUUGACAUCAGAGAGUGAAAUCAGCAGUGAUGGUUCAGGGUCAGGUGGAAACGGUGAGCUGAAAUGGAUGGUUUCAGGUAAUGUGGAGCCAAACCCUGAAAUCUCAGAUGAAUAUUCAACCUCUGAUGGUGAUGAAGAAGAAGAAGAAUGUCUCAUUGAAAUUGAUAUCCCAAGCAAUGAAGAACCAAAACAAAAUAUGCAGUCCAGUUUCCCAACUUUCUUGCCAGAAUCUAUUUUCCAGCGGCAAGACCUUGUGGAACUGUUGGCAGAAAUAAAUGAGGAAGAAAAUUUAAUUGAAAUUGACAUUUCAAUGGGUUCUAUCAAGUGUCCAGCUUUUGAAAUCGAAGCUUAAGAGUUUAAAUCAGUAUUUUGCAGACUUAAUUCAUUACU